CCCGUCUGCACGGAGCAUAGACAGACAGCAGGGAACAGCUGCAGCAUUAGGCUCGCGUAGGAUUUCACCGCAUUGCGAUUGAAAAAUAUCAAUCAUUUCAUCCCCAAAACUCAAGCAGAGCAGCUCGACACAGCAACCAAACAUCAUCUGAAAAAUGGUUGAUCGCGAGCAGCUGGUGCAGAAAGCCAGGCUGGCUGAACAGGCUGAGAGAUAUGAUGAUAUGGCAGCCGCUAUGAAAUCGGUAACAGAGCUGAACGAGGCCCUGUCCAAUGAGGAGAGGAACCUCUUGUCUGUGGCCUACAAGAAUGUGGUCGGCGCCCGCCGCUCCUCCUGGAGGGUGAUCUCCAGCAUUGAGCAGAAGACCUCGGCCGACGGCAAUGAGAAGAAGAUUGAAAUGGUCAGGGCCUACAGGGAGAAGAUUGAGAAGGAGCUGGAGGCUGUGUGCCAGGACGUGCUCAACCUCCUGGACAACUUCCUGAUCAAGAACUGCAGCGACACGCAGCAUGAGAGCAAGGUGUUCUACCUGAAGAUGAAGGGCGACUAUUACCGGUACCUGGCCGAGGUGGCCACUGGGGAGAAGAGAGCCACCGUGGUGGAGUCGUCGGAGAAGGCCUACAACGAGGCACACGAGAUCAGCAAGGAGCACAUGCAGCCCACCCACCCCAUCCGCCUGGGCCUGGCUCUCAACUACUCUGUGUUUUACUACGAGAUCCAGAACGCCCCGGAGCAGGCCUGUCAUCUGGCCAAGACCGCCUUCGACGACGCCAUUGCCGAGCUCGACACCCUCAACGAGGACUCCUACAAAGACUCCACUCUCAUCAUGCAGCUGCUCCGAGACAACUUGACACUGUGGACAAGUGACCAGCAGGAUGACGAGGGAGGGGAGGGCAACAAUUAAAGAGAAACCACACUUCGAAAAAAUUAUGAAGGGCCGGUGGACUUUGGCAGCCGCUUUUGCCGAUGAUACUACCGCAGCAGCAGUUCUUUAUUUUUCCAUGUGUUAAAAGAAAAGAAUCAAAAGAGAGGUGAGAGUGGAGGUUAAAUCUUAGUUUAAAUAUAUAUAGAAAUAUAUAUACAGUUGAAAGGGGCCUCCGUCUUCUUGAUUUUCUCUUUGACAUUUGCCAAAACCACUGAUAUGUCAGUCAAUCAGCCUGAAGUGGUUGUUGUUGGAUUGAAAUGGCAGCCUCACACUGGCAUAGGAACUGAUCUUGUUCUGUCAAGACAAGCUGCUUAGUUAGGUUUUUGCGUGAUAGAGAUGCAUUUGAGUCACUUGAGAGAGAAAAUGCUUGAAUGGGAAUGCCUCACAAAACUAGUUUGCAUUGGUUCCAGCCGUAGUCUACAUAUGAGAAAGGGCCCUGAAAGCCAUGGGUGUUAAACUCACACCAACAACGAGAAAAGAGAAAGUUUUAAACUGAUAAAAUCCCCCAAAUUUUAAAAGGAUAAAUUGCACAGGAGUGAAAAUGAGGACUGGUUAGACAAAAUUUAUUCCCCGCCUUCUGUCUGAAGUGUAUUUGGCAUCUCACAGAUUAGUCUGUUUUGUCACUGGAACCAUUGAUUCUUUUGGAGGUGAAGAUUACUAAAGGCAGAGACUUAACAAUAUAAAACAAAAAAUGACAAAAAAAAUAAAAUAAAAGCAGCUUCAGAGUUUGUGGUUUACUUCUGUGUUUGUUUUAUUAAAUGCACUUGCCUACUAUACUGUUUCUUCAGUGUAAGAUGAUGACAACAAUAAUAUCGAUUAUUCAAUAUUGUGCAUGCUGGUGAUGUAUUUAUAUACAGUAGCUUGACUUUAUUAACUUAUACUGUGGGUGUUAAGUAUUCAUAUGAUUGAGAAAAACAGGCUUUGUCUGAUGUUGAUUUCUAAUUUCUAAUUUAUUUCAUUUUGUUAUGGUUUUUGAUUUGCUAUACCAAAAUGGUGAUCGUAAAAAUUGACCUGUAAUGGGCGUUGCUAUAGUGACAUGCAAUAUGUGUAUUUAAUUUGUUAAUGAAAGAAAAAAAGGAAGAUAAAAACCCACCAGUGAUCACUUAAUCUUACCAGCUGGUGUUUGUCACAUUGAAGUAUGAUUAUGAUAUAUUUUGUUCUUUGAACAGUAUUUAAGUACUUUUUUCUGUCAUGCUAUCCAGUUUUAAUAAUGGUGAAGUUUUCAGGCUCAAUGUUUCUGUUAUGAUUCACAAACAUGGACCAUAUUUUAUUUCUGACAGUAUACUUCUUUUUUUUUUGUUUGUUUGUUUUUAUACCUUUUAGCUGUUCCUGAGUGACAAAAUAUCUUGAAUGUGAGUCAUUAUGUAGCAGUUGCACAAGAACCGAAAUAAUAGCUAUGAUAAUAAAAAAGAAUAUGACUAAAUUA